AAAAAUGAACCCAAAUCACUAUUUAGAAAUUAAUAAAAGCAAAACCCUAGCUAUCCCUCUCUUCCUCUUUCGUGGCCCUCUCUCUCACAUAUAGACGAAGACGCAGAGGAAGAGAGGAGGUCAAAAUUUGCUCACAUCACGCCCCAGUAAGUUUAAAGUAGGGUUUAUUGAAGCACUUUGUGAAACUGAAAGUCCAUGAAGCAUCAGUGUAGUUUAUGAAGCAUCAGUGAAAAGGAGGGGGGAGACGCAGCAAACAAACAACACUUGAAAAGGAACCCUAAACCCUAAGAGGCAAAUUCGAAGGCGCUUAUUUCUAUGGCAAAUCAUGAAGAAGAAGAGGAGGAGCAGAAGAGCGGAACACAAGGAGGAGCAGAAGAAGAAGAAGAAUGGCUGCGUUCGGUGAAACAGAUGAGGCAUGCGGAGGAGCAGAGGAGUAUGAUGAAGGAUUGGGAUUUGACUAAGACUGUGUAUUUGUGUUUUGGCACCUAUGGCCGGAGUGCUGCUGUUUUUUGCAAUAUUGAAUCCUUGGAUUUUUCGUCUUCUGGUGUUCGGUCGAUGAAGGUAUAUUCAGUUGGCGCAGCGCUCAACGGUAUGGGUAUAGGUGCUUACGGAUCCAAAAUAGUUUUUGCCGGAGGUUAUGAAGGGAUAUUCGAAGGCUACAAGUACCGAUCAUGUCCAAGCAAGGGUAUGCGUGUCUUUAAUACUAAGAAACCCAACCAAAUGAAAGACCCUGUGUUCGACAACAAUACUCUUCAACGAGGGAAGUGUUGUCCCCUUGUGGUGCAAUAUGACUGCAGAUUGUAUGUGCUCUCUACUCUCUCUUUAAAAACAGGGGCUGGGGAACCUUUUAGUGGGGGGUUUGAGAUGUUUGACCCAAAAGUGGGGAAAUGGGUGACUCUGCCCGAAUCCCCAACUUUUGGAUACAUUCGACACUCUCGUGGGACUUCUUGUGUAGUUGUAGGCAGUAACAUUUUUGUCUCAACAUCGUGUUGUCCUAUUUAUCGAUUUGAUAUGGCUGACCCCAACCACCAAUGGAAACAACACAUUUUCACCGACUAUCCUGGAUUUUCCAUACCUUUGGGUUGCGAAACUUUAGCGGUGGAAACUAGGGAUGGGGAUUGGGUGCUUUUCACAUGUAAGUUGGAAGUUCAUCGAGUUGCUGACGACAAAGACUACCCCAAGGGCGAUGACUACUGGGAUAUGUUUGAUGUGUUUGAUCGUCUUCUUGAAUGGAAGGAUACAUCCAUGAUCGUCUAUUUGAUGUCAAAGGAUUUGACAUCGUUGACAGCUCUUGAACCACUGAAACUGCCUCAGUUGAACACGGUACCUCUAUGCGCGCGGAAUAUAGAACCUUAUUUGGUCCAUCUAGGAGCUCAAACCGUCGGCCUAAUUUUGUCCGCAGACACAGGGAAUGAAGCAAUGAGGGAAAAAGAGAUUUUUUCCAUGAUGUUUGAAUUUGAAAUUGUAGACAGCAUGCGCUCCUUAGCGCUUCGGAAUUUUUGUGGUCCUUUCAGGUUUACGUCCCGAACACCCGAAUCGUUGGCCACUAGAUUAAGCUUGCUUGGUGCCAUUGUUCUGUGAAAAAAAGGUCCUCCAACUAGAACUGGAGGCAAACAUGAAAAGUAUGUCAGCUGAAGAACCCUGCUUGAAGAUGGUACACGAUGCAGUGUUACUUAGAGAAUGCACAGAAACAUUCACGAUGCAUUGUUAAUAGAAACUCAUUUUUGUUUUAUACAGGUUUCAUCUUCAACAUUUUUGUAAAAUUGGUUCUGGUUGCUGUCCUCAUUUUCUGGUUGGAAUUUGGUCACUCAUGGACUCUCUUAUGAUCUGUUUCUAAAUUGAAGUUGUUGACAUUAUUACUUUUGGUAUACUCUACAGAAAGUAAUCCUUUUAUUAAA